CCACAGAUUCCAAAUUCCAGGCGCUUCCCAUCUUCUCUUGCUUUGUUUUGUUUCCUCCUCCCUCCCUCCCUCGCCAAAUCGUCUCACCUCCCCCUCCACCUCGCUUCCACCGCCGCCGGAAUCCUUCAAGAAGCUGACCUCGGGCUCUCGCGCCCGGAGUUCGAUGUCCGUUUGCGCCCGAUGGAUCCGCACCGCCUGACCGGCCCCGCCGAUGAAGACGACUGGGAUAAUGAUGGCUUUGUGAUCCCAAGCUUGAGUGUUGAAGAAUCUGAUCUCGGUGACUGGGAAGUUUCACGGGCUUCUGAUCCUCAACCACCUCCAAAGCCCACCAAGGAUACAGAGAGCAUCUAUCUUGGACCACACGGUGCACCACCAUCUAGGGCAAAGAAGCCAGAGGAUACUUCAGCUACAACUGGGUUCCGUGAUAAGAAUAAGGUGAAGGAAGCCGAUCAGAAAGUGUUUGGGACUGGCCGGAACAACAAAGGAGGCAACGCUGGAGACUUUCAUCGUUGCAAUGCUGCCAACCAUGUCAAGUACCCCUACAAAAGAUCCACUUGACUUUCUCUCUAAUGCAGCCCGUUCCCAGUGAUUCCUAUAUCCUGUCAACAGCUUGACUAAGUGAAGGUUUGUUGUUAGAUUUCUCUUUGAUCGUUGGCCCAGUUAUCAUCUAGCAUAUCCUGCUGCAGGUAUUCCUAAUCCAUGGAUAUGUACUAUCGGUUUGCUACUCUGGAACGAGACUUUUGCGUUGAAUGGAAAAUUUGUAUUCCUAAAUCA